AUGUACUCUGGGCAAGAUCUGGUCAUGCCCAACAAGAGCAUGAGGUCAGCUGUGAGGAGGACGAAGGCUGUCUUGUCUGCUGUUGUUGUCGGAGUAGCCAUGACUGCUCUCAUCACGUUGCUCUACUCCUCCGCGAAGGAUGGUCUCUCGCAGAGCUUCAUGCUCGACGAGACCUCGACAGACGCGUCAGGGAACGAGGCUGCACCUGCCACCCAGGUGGUUGAGAAGGGCCGAGGACAAGGAGGGAUGUGGGAUGUGCCCCUCCCUCCCGUCGAGAAGAAGAUUCUGCAGCCUCAGUUCGCUGCCAAGUAUGGAGAAGCUGCUGCUGCUGCCUCUCAGAGGAUGUUCAACCCUGUCGCUACUGAUAAGAAUGGCGAUCGGGUUUCGGAAGCAGAUGCUCGGUCCAUCAAGGCGCGAUAUGGUCUAGUGGUACCUGGGAGCGAGGAUGUGUUCCACGACACCAAGAGCGAGGGCGACGCAACGGCUGAACCCAAGGUCUACACCGCAGAAGAGAGCGAUGCUCAGACUGUAGAAGCCCCAACCUGGUUCUCUUCGUCCUCCUUCUUCCCCGUCAGUUCGAAGGCUCCCCGAUUCGUUGCUGUUCCUUCGCCGCUUCGGGUUGUUCCGCAGACCGUCGGUGUAGAGGGAGCCCAGAUGCAGCCUGUGGCCAUCAGGCAGCAGAGGAUCGCAUACCCUCAGUUCAACUACCAGACUUCCAGCAGCUUCUCCUCCCCACGUUUGCUUCCUGUGUCCUACUCCGGCCCGGUGGUCAUGACGAAGCCUUACGGACCCGUGGUGGCAAGAGCUAUCCCCAACCCCAUGUCGUCGGUCUACAGAUUUUCCUCCACCGGCCCGGCCUAUGGAGUUUCCGCUCUUCCUUCUGGCGAGGGGCCCGUGGCUGUCCGUGGCAUCAACGGGGUCGGUUCAGAAUUCUACGUGGGCAACGGGCAGGUUCGAGGGAUAGGGCUCUAUGGGGCCAGCGGCAUCGCGAGUGGUCGAGGAGUCAACGCAGCUAAGGGACAAGCUGAUGGGAAGCGACUCAACGUAGGUUCCGGGGAGGAAGCUGGUUUUGGACUGAGUGGCCAGGCGGGUACAGCAGCUGGGGAUGGAAUCGUGGUGGAGGAAGGCAUUGCUCAGGGAAGGGACAUCACUGUUCGGCAAGGGACAGUGGCAGGCCAGGGCAUCCUCAUUGGCGACGACGGCACGGGGCAUGGUGAGUUCAUCGGAUCGGGGACCGGGUCGGGGCGAGACCUCUCAGUGAGCAAGGGAACGGCUGUUGGCGCAGGAAUCAGCGUGGCGGAAGGACAAGCGAGUGGGAAAGGCAUCACAGUGAACGAUGGCGAGCUGCAAGGAAGAGACUUGAGCGCGAGGAAGGGGAGCGGAGAGGGAAUAGGCAUCUCUGUGGACCAUGGUACUGCUGAGGGAGUCGGAGUCAAGGUGGAGCAGGGGACGAUCGCUGGGAAUGGGAUUUACGUGCAGCACGGACAACUUGCACGAUCUGUGUGA